CUCUCGGAUGUUGUAGCUGAGGAACAUGAUGCGGCUUGUCAAGGACUGUGAUGUGUCUAGCUAAGAUGAAGGAAGAGUCUCAUGUGUAGUGGUCGUGGUAUCAACAGGGUCAGUGCAGGUGAGCCCCUUCCCUAGUCAUAACUUUGAGGUGUCUGGCAGUAGACAAAAAAUGCAAAAUGGUAGGUUUUUCCAUAAAAAACCAAAUGGAGUUGAAGAAUGAAGAAAAUCGGGCUGGGAUAUCAGCCCAAACGUCGGUGGGAGGCGCAGUUGCUACCACCGGCGGGCGCGGUGAUUUUAUAAGCCGCGUCGCCAGUGACUGCACCUCUGCUGGGAUCGGAGCAGGUUCCAGUAGUUGUACUACUACUGCCAAACAACAGCGCAGUGAUGCCAAAGUUCCUGUAGACUUGGGUCACAAAGGCGCAAUUCCAAAAAACAAAAAUUCAAUGCAACGCAGUGAUGCCAUAGUCCCUGUAGACUCGGAUCACGAGAGCGUUGCUAGCGUCAACACAAUUGAGGAGGAAGCUCUUCUUCGUUCUCCGGGGGAAGCUGCUAAGGCCAUUCGUAGGCCUAGGGCUGAACCAAAUAAGGAGGGGUUGAAAGCCAAAUCCAGAUAUAAGGCCGCGAUAAAACUCUGUGCUCGCCUCGGAGACCGGAAUGAUCUGUCGAAGGAAGAGAAAGACAGGCUAGUCUGGGCGAAAGAGGAGAUAGAGAAAGGUCGAGCCUUUUUCGCAGGUAAAAGGUGGUGUGAACCCUCGGAUUCCAAAUUUGCAAAUCGAAUCGAGGAAGAUAUGGCAUGUAAAAGGCAGCGCUCAACGGAAAGCGAAGGUCCUUCUGGAAAGAGGCAAAAGCGUAAAGAUGAGGCUGUCCCUCAACAUAAAACUGCUACAAAAAGGACGAAAGCCGAUACUACUAAAAGGCCGGAAGCGUCCACAUUUAAAGCAGCAACAACAACAAAAAAGACGAAAGCCAGUGAUCCAAAAGAACAGGAAGCGUCUACAUCUAAACUAACAAUGGCGGAGAUAGUGGCCAAGCGACGCUUGAUUGUGGCACUUAUCGACCGCAGUGAUCCACAGGGUCAAAUGGUAGAAACUAGGUGGAAAAUAGUGGAAAUGAAGCUAUUAGAUGCUAUGUUCGCCAAAAUGAGCGC